UACCCCUUCCACCGGACCACCGUCCACCCUCCACCCAUCGCUGUUCUUUUCUCUACCCAAACGCAACACUUCACAAAAGGUCCUUUCGCUUUCUCACUCUGUAUUUUCUUCUUCACCGCUGGCCAACUAUGGUACGGAAUCUUUAAUCCAUCGUCUCACCCACCUUCCUUCCUGUUGCUCCACCACCUGCCCUCAUUCCUGGAUGGUCUAGAUUAGUAAAGUAAAAAAAGCAAAUCUGUGAACUGUAAUUGGUGCAUGUGCGCGAGUAAGCAAACACGAAUAGACCUGGGAUUGACCCAAAAAGCUGCAGCAUCCAUGACAAUUGCAGAGAAAAUAUAGAGGAAGAAGUAGGGAGAGCGAUAGAAGAUGCAAAAGAAUUGCAGGACUUGGUCACAACUCACAUCUCAAAGACAUCCAUGAAGAGCAAUCUCUCCGCCAGCGUGCUCUAUCUCUUAUGGACUCUAUUAAACGUUUGCGCUCCUUGCUUGAUUCUCUCCUCUCUCAGAAGCUCUUGGACCCGAAGGUGGCAGACAAGUUAGAUGAAGAUUUACAGAGGGCGAGAUGCAUUGUAGCAGAUGGUGAUGUUGCUUCGCUGCUUCCAGGCAAUGCGCAAGGGCGAUUUUUGAGGAUGUUUCUGGGUCCUAUUAAUGUGCGUGCCUCUCGGAAGGAUGUCCAGUUGAAGGUUAAAGAGGAGUACAACAGUUACAAAGAUAGAACUGCCCUACUGUUCCUUUUUUUCCCAUCAGUACUGCUGAUCCUAAGAUCAUGGGUUUGGGCUGGAUGCAUGCCUGCUUUCCCAGUUCAGCUUUACCAGGCUUGGCUGCUCUUUCUUUACACUGGUUUAGCAUUGCGAGAGAACAUAUUGAGAGUCAAUGGAAGCGAUAUUCGUCCAUGGUGGAUAUACCAUCAUUACUGUGCUAUGGUAAUGGCCCUGGUGAGUCUCACUUGGGAGAUUAAAGGACAACCUAAUUGUGCACAAAAGCAGAGAGGUGUACAACUUUUUCUACAGUGGGCUAUGAUGCAAGGAGUGGCAAUGCUCUUGCAAAAUAGAUAUCAACGGCAGAGACUUUAUACUCGUAUUGCACUAGGAAAGGCUAAGAGAAUGGAUAUUGUCUGGGGAGAAACAGCUGGAGUCGAUGGCCAACUGUGGUUGUUAUGCCCCAUACUUUUCAUUUUGCAGGGAUUUGAGGCAUAUGUUGGACUAUUGUUGCUCAGAACCGCGUUUGUCCGGGUUGUUUCUGAGUGGCAGGUAAUAUUUUGUGGUGUCCUGCUGGUUUUAAUGGCUGUUGGGAACUUUGCAAAUACAGUGCAGACGCUAAUGGUGAAGUCAAGAUUUAAGGCAAAGAUGAGAAGAAGCAAGAGCAAGCAGGAACUAGAUUAAAGCUCAUUCUGGCUCCCUCAGCCUUUAGUUUCAGAAAUUUUGCUACGUAUAUCAGUUUUGUCAGCAUUUACCACAAUUAAGCUAGUGAUUAGUUUGGCUUGCUGUAGCAUUCACACAAUGAAUCUGAUCACAAUAAGCAAUGAAUCUGGAUUAAAAUGA